AUGGCCACCACCACCCCUUCACUUCUCAAUCAUUUCUCCAUCUCCUUCUUCCUCAUCCUCUCCAUCUUCACUCCCCAAGCUCUUUCUCAAUCAAACAAUGAAUGCACCACCGCCUCCUCCUCCUCCUGCAACGAUAAAGCUGCAGCUUUGCCGCUCAAGAUCAUCGCCAUCGUUACAAUCUUAAUCACCAGCUUGAUCGGCGUUUCUGCGCCACUUUUCACUCGUUCGGUCAAAGCUCUCCACCCUGAUCGGAAUUUGUUCGUUGUUGUGAAGUCUUUUGCCGCCGGGAUCAUUCUGGCGACCGGGUUCAUGCACGUGCUGCCAGACUCUUUUGACAUGUUGUCGUCAAGUUGUUUGGAGGAUAAUCCAUGGCAUAAGUUUCCUUUUACGGGGUUCGUGGCGAUGUUGUCUGCGAUUGUGACGCUCAUGGUGGACUCUUUGGCGACGAGUAUUUAUAGCCAGAAGUGUAAUACUGGUGGUGGUGUCCUUAUUCCGGAGGCAGGGAGUGUUGGUUCCCAGCUGAUGCGGUAUGGUGUUAUAGCUAUGGUAUUAGAAUUGGGAAUUGUAGUACAUUCAAUUGUGAUAGGGCUUUCCCUUGGAGCCUCAAACAAUACUUGCAGCAUUAAAGGUCUUAUUGCAGCUCUUUGCUUCCACCAAAUGUUUGAAGGAAUGGGCCUUGGUGGUUGCAUUCUCCAGGCUGAGUACAAGCUAUUCAAGAAGAUGGUAAUGGUGUUCUUCUUCGCCGUAACAACGCCGUUCGGCAUUGCCCUAGGGAUCGCAUUGUCAAACACAUACAAAGAGAACAGUCCAAUAGCAUUGAUCUCAGUAGGGUUGUUGAAUGCUUCAUCAGCCGGGCUUCUAAUCUAUAUGGCUCUAGUUGAUCUUCUUGCUGCUGACUUCAUGGGCCAAAAGUUGCAAGGAAGCAUCAGGCUUCAGCUUAAAUCUUAUGUUGCUGUUCUUCUUGGUGCUGGUGGCAUGUCUCUUUUGGCAAAAUGGGCUUGA